UUCAGUCAGUUCUGGAGCUUGCUUUUCUUGUUUUAAUGCAGUGUAGGGCUCUGUGCUAGGUACGAGGCAUUUAAUGCAGUGCGGGGCUCAGGGCUGAUAGAACGGAUUUAAUGCAGUAGGGCUCUGUCCUAGGUGAACAGCGUUUAAUGCAGUUCAGGGCUUUGUGCUGUAUAGAAGACAUUUAAUGCAGUGUAGAGCUCUGUGCUGGGUAACAGGCAUUUUCCUGCUGUGACAAAAAAGAAACCUGAAGAUUAAGACCGGACUUUCUCUCUCUUUUGCAUUCCUUGCAAGAAAAAGGAUCCUGGUUAUGCUGUGCCAUUAAGGAGUGAUCCACAGAAGCCAUCACCUUAUGAGAACACAAAAUUAACUGCAGCGGUGCUCCUUUUCUGUUUAGUAUUAGUGGUGCAGUAUGAAGUGCAGUUAUGGCAAGAAGAGGUAAGACAGCUGUUAGGACACUGGAAGAUUUGACCCUGGAUUCUGGUUAUGGUGGAGCUGCCGACUCUAUCAGGUCAUCCAACUUGUCCCUCUGUUCUGAUUCUCAUCAGGUAGCUUAUCCUCAUGGAGGAAACUGUUGGUAUCUAACUGACUCCAUGCACAGUAGACACAACAGCUUUGACACGGUCAACACUGUCCUGGCUGAAGACUCAGAGGUCCUGGACUGCUCGGGACAGUGCUCCAGGCUGCCUGACCUUGAGGAAGUCCCCUGGAGCCUUGAAGAGGUGGAAGCUCUUUUGAAGAAAGAGCAAAUGGUGGCUGGUCCCAGCAAAGAUGUCCUCUCUAAGCUCUCUAGCCUUGUCAGUAGGGCUUUGGUUAGGAUUGCCAAAGAAGCUCAAAGACUUAGCCUACGCUUUGCCAAAUGCACCAAGUAUGAGAUCCAAAGUGCCAUGGAGAUUGUGCUAGCAUGGUCCCUUGCUUCCGGUUGUACUGCUUCGGCCCUCAGUGCGCUGUCUCUAUACAACAUGAGCACCGGGGAUAGGCUCAGCCGAGGCAAAUCUAUACGCUGUGGGCUGAUAUUUUCUGUAGGAAAGUUCUAUAGAUGGAUGGUGGACAGCAGGGUGGCCCUGAGGAUCCAUGAGCACUCCGCCAUCUACCUGACAGCCUGCAUGGAGACAUUGUUCAAGGAGAUUUACAAGAGGGUCUUGGCAAUGCCUCGCCCCGAGAAAGAAAACGAGGCCCCAAACUUUACAGCUGAGUCCUUCGAACAAGCAAUCAGCAAUGAUUCUGAGCUGUGGGGAUUACUACAGCCUUACCAGCACCUUAUAUGCGGUAAAAAUGCUAGUGGAGUCCUCUGCCUUCCAGACAGUUUGAAUCUCCAUAGAGAGCACCACAGGCCCAAUAAACCAGGUGAUGUACAGAUGGUUAGCCAAUCAGAACUGAGGACUAUAGAGCAGUCUUUGCUUGCCACACGUGUGGGAAGUAUUGCAGAGCUCAGUGACCUGGUAUCCCGUGCAAUGCAUCACUUACAGCCUCUCAAUUUAAAGCAACAUGGAAAUGGGACGCCAAUGCAUAGCAAGCAGGGGCCUUUAUAUUGGGAACCAGAAGCCCUCUAUACACUAUGCUACUUCAUGCACUGUCCUCAGAUGGAGUGGGAAAAUCCAAAUGUGGAGCCUUCCAAAGUCAACCUUCAGACAGAACGGCCAUUUUUAAUGCUUCCCCCUUUGAUGGAAUGGAUACGGGUUGCUGUGGCUCACGCGGGGUAUCGCCGGAGCUUUUCUGUGGAUAGCGAUGAUGUCCGACAAGCUGCACGCCUUUUACUUCCUGGGGUGGACUGCGAGCCUCGCCAACUAAAGGCCGAUGAUUGUUUCUGUGCAUCUAGAAAACUGGACGCAGUGGCUACCGAAGCAAAGUUUAAGCAAGAUCUUGGCUUUAGAAUGCUCAACUGCGGCAGGACAGACUUAGUGAAACAAGCUGUCAUGCUGCUUGGUCCCGAUGGGAUUAACAGCAUGAGUGAACAGGGAAUGACCCCACUGAUGUACGCCUGCGUACGAGGUGAUGAAGCUAUGGUCCAAAUGUUGCUGGAUGCUGGAGCAGAGCUGAAUGUUGAGGUCCCAACCACAGCACAUAAAUAUCCUUCUGUCCAUCCGGAGACUCGUCACUGGACUGCUCUGACAUUUGCUGUUCUCCAAGGACAUAUUCCAGUUGUGCAGCUACUUCUGGAUGCUGGAGCAAAUGUGGAAGGGUCUUUAGAAUCAGGAGAAGAAAACUAUUCUGAAACACCGUUACAAUUGGCAGCAGCUGCAGGAAACUUUGAGCUUGUGAAUUUAUUGCUGGAACGUGGAGGAGAUCCCAUGAUAGGUACAAUGUACAGAAAUGGGAUUUCUACAGCACCUCAAGGAGACAUGAACUCCUUCAGCCAGGCGGCUGCACAUGGACACAGGAAUGUCUUCCGCAAGCUUCUUUCCCAGCCUGACAAAGACAAGAGCGAUAUCCUAUCCUUGGAGGAGAUUCUAGCAGAGGGAACUGAUUUGGCUGAGACAGCACCUACCCCACUGUGUCCAAGCCGUAACAGCAAAGCCAAACUAAAGGCACUCAAAGAAGCUAUGUACCACAGUGCUGAACAUGGAUAUGUUGAUGUAACAAUUGAUAUAAGAAGCUUAGGUGUUCCAUGGACUCUUCACACAUGGUUGGAAUCUCUGCGCAUAUCUUUUCAUCAGCACAGACGGCCUCUUAUCCAAUGUUUACUGAAAGAAUUUAAAUCUAUUCAAGAAGAAGAAUACACAGAGGAAUUAAUCACACAAGGGCUUCCCCUGAUGUUCAAAAUUCUGAAAGCCAGCAAGAAUGAAGUCAUCAGCCAACAAUUGGCUGUUAUAUUUAGUCAAUGCUAUGGUCCCUAUCCUAUUCCAAAACUAACAGAGAUAAAACGCAAACAAACAUCUAGAUUGGAUCCUCAUUUUCUGAACAAUAAAGAAAUGUCAGAUGUCACGUUUAUUGUCGAGGGAAGACCAUUUUAUGCUCAUAAAGUGUUAUUAUUUACAGCGUCUCCAAGGUUUAAAGCACUUCUCACAAACAAGGCAUCUGCAGAAAACAGUUGCAUUGAAAUCAAUUAUGUGAAAUACCAUAUAUUUCAGUUGGUCAUGCAAUACUUGUACUGUGGAGGGACCGAGUCACUUCUCAUUAAGAAUAAUGAGAUCAUGGAGCUGUUAUCUGCUGCCAAGUUUUUUCACCUCGAAGCCCUGCAGCGUCACUGUGAAAUUAUCUGUGCAAAGAGUAUUAACACAGAAAACUGUGUGGAUAUUUAUAACCAUGCCAAGUUUCUUGGUGUUCCAGAAUUAUCAUCUUAUUGUGAAGGAUACUUUUUGAAAAACAUGAUGCUUCUCAUUGAAAAUGAGGCCUUUAAACAACUAUUGUAUGAUAAGAACUGCGACACAACAGGACAGGAUGUGUUAGGUGACUUACAGAGGACGUUAGCCACAAGGAUACAGUCUAUACACCUAUCUUCUUCCAAAGGAUCUAUAGUAUAGAGAUACACGCUGGCUUCAAGGACAGAAUAAUAGUUUACUUGAAAAGGCUUUAUAUGAAGAUACGUUUUUCACUUAAAGAAAAUUUCCUAUUUCCCUGCCAACUCUAGGCACAGACAUCCAUCCUCACAGCAAGGAAGAUAUCUACAAAUACAAUUUCAGUUUUUUCUUUUGAAAGAGAUGUUUACUCAGCGAAAGAUGGAUCUAUUUUGUUCAGAAGAAAAACAAACUAAAGACAAAGCCUUUGAUGGAUCUAUAAAUUCUAUAAAUGUAAAAAAAAUAUCUAGAUGUAUAUCUAGCUGCCCUAUAUAAAGAAAUAUUUUCAAUUUCAUAAAGUUAUACAUCUUCAAUCAACUAUGACGUGCAUUAAUAAAAAUAAUAAUAAUAAUGAUAAAAAAGACGGUAUACUAUCAACUGUUUAUUACGAUUGAUCUGUCAACAUGAAAUACGCUGGCAAAUUUUUAAGGGUGAGACUUUUUCAAGGUUUCUUAAAAUUUAGGGUGGCCUUGUAGCUAAAAGAAAUUUCCUAAACCUCAAGCUUUCAUUUUCAAGAAGUUGUAUUAUUACAUACAGCCUGUUACUUCGUUUCCGUUUGUUUAAUUAAACCGUUAUCAAUUCUGUGGAUUCUGUGAGACUGUUUUGUUAAACCAGGUUAAAUCUUCUGCCACAAGGACUAAGUUUCAAGAGAGGUGUCCUGUCGAUAUUAGCUGAUAUUCACAACAAAUUUUAGAAAUUGGCAUGACUAUAGUUACUUUUUUGGACAAAUUUAAGCAAACUUAGAUUUGCAUGGUAUCAUCUAUGUGCAUUAUUUUUGCCAAGAAUUAUGCAGUUACUAGUUAAAAUCCAUUUGUGAAGUACAGAGAGAAAACAAAAAAUAUAUUAUGUUACACUGUGAAUAUGUUAAAAUUGUUGAUUGUAGAUGUUAGUUUUUACAUUACACCGUACACAUGAUGCUAAAGUGUAACGCUAUUCUUGUAUUAUAAGGUAAUUAUUUUCUAUUGCAUUGUACAGAGAAAAAAAAAGUGUGUUAAUGUGUUUAGGUUCUUCAAAGCCAUACGGAUCACUGCUAUUGUUUAAAAAUACACAGUUAUUUCUUGUUUAGUUUAGGUACCAUACAAUGCCAUGUCAAUACUAUAGGUCUAUACAUGUCUGUUUUGUUGGUAUUUGUCAUGUUAAUUUCUCCAGAGUACUGCCAGAUAAAGACUUGUCAAGUGCCACAUAUCCAAGACACCUUUGCUUAGCAAUCGAUUUGCAUGUUCAGUUUGAUGUAAAAUUUGUGACCUAUGGCCAAUGUUACUAGAUUAACAUUUUACCAUGGCAAGAUAGGACCAUUGUCCCUUUAUACCAGCAUGUCACUUAUACAUUGAAGCUUUGAUGACUGGUAGAUGUAAGAAUCUUUUAUUUGGCAAUGCAAUAGUAGUUUUGAUACAUUGUUUCAAUAUGAAUGUUUGGUGCUGUUUAAUGUCAAUGGCUUUUUGGACUAACUCACACAGGUACCAGAUUAUCUAAAGCAAAGCUGUUCUAUAGCUUUGAGUAGUGGACCCCUUGUGUUUCAGCUCGGUCACUUUGUCACCUUUGUGUCCAGCAUAUCACAAACAACUGCCUAACAUUAGUACUAUUUAUAAUGACGAGAUACCGCAUGACAACCUUACAAAGAAAUACAAAUGAUUUGUCAACAUCUGAUACGUCAUAAUAUGUUGUCUUAAAUAGUUGACAUAUUACUCUUUGUAAAUAAUGUACACUGUUAAAGUCUGAUGUCUGUGCUGACCUAUCAGGCAAGAAGUAAGAAGUAGAGUUAUGGUUGUUUUAAAAAAAAAAUAAAAAAAAAUAUCUGGUGUGAUCAUAUAUUUUUAAGACAAAAAAUACAUCACAAAUCAUGUUCUGUGAUCCAUUCUGUAUAUUACUUAUACCCCAUGUUGAUAUAACAUAAUUAAAGAUAGAACGUGUUCAAAUAAAUGUGUUUAAAGGGAAUCCGUCAUGUAAAUGUUUUAAAACUGUCUCAACUGCUCUUCUAAACAAAGUUUUUGUGGAAAGUUUUCUAUUCAAAUUAUAAAUUAUUUUGCUUCUGGUUAGGUCCUCUCAGUGUUGACUAUCCACAAUAUGCACAGUACAGGGUUGCUUCAUGACCUUUCUAGGGUCUAUUUAAAGUGAAAUUAUUUUGUAUAGUCUUUGGCAUAUUGGACUAUAGAAAAUUGUUGUUGUACUGUUUAAUCUUUUAUUAAUUCUCUUGAUCAAUGCUGUUUUAAUAUUAAAUAAACAUUCAAAGUGCUAGACAUGUGCAUUUUAGUGGCUAUGGAAAUAGGGAGGUGUUUUAAAUUGUUGAAUUUAAUUUAUUGGUUAUUUUCAUCUUAAUCUGCGGUGCCCAAACACCACUCUCCUUCACACUAAUGAUUUGAGGAGACACAUCUUCCCCAUUCAGCCAUCACAGUCUAUUUACCACCAUGUUUAUUUGCAGUCUCUUUUAAUACCCUUCUUAUUGUAUUUUAUGCCUCACCUCUUCUAGACUGUAAGGUCACUUGAGCAGGAUCCUAAUCUUAACUAUUGUUCCUGUAACAUUUCGUUAUUGUCUCAUUUGUUUCCCCUUUUAAUGUAAAGCGCUGCGGAAUAAGCCGGGGCUAUAUAAAUACCAAUAUUAAUAAUGUAUAUUACGAGCAGACACUGCCCACUCACACUCUGCAUAUCAGCCUCCUUCAUGUACAAAGAUCUUGCUGUGAGCUUGUACACAGCACCAUUCCCUGCCUAGCUUAGAACACUGGACACUGACCCUGGUAGGGAACUGUGAUUUGUGCGUACACUUUCAGCUAAGCACAUUGUGAGCAGGAUGUGCUUACCCUGUUCAAAUACUUGAUUGCCCAAUCAGGAAGCAAUCUUUCCCAAUAUGACAUCAAUGGGAAGGAAGAGGAGCCUGGGCACUGCAGACGAAGAUGAUGAAAAUAUAGAAAAUUUCAAAGAAAACAUUUCAGAUACAGUUUCCUAUAACCGUAACCAUGUCGACUAUUAACUGUUGGUACAACACUCUGUGGUCCCUAUAGUCACUCUGUGAACUAAGAAAGCCCUGAACAUGGCUGCAUUCUGUGUUUCACUGGAAUACAACAAACUAUCCUUAAUGUCUAAAUAACUGAGAACGUUUGUGCCACUGCAUGUCCAUGAAGGGUAACCUCAACUGUCAUCUUUUGUUUAACUGGGUACUUUCUGCUCAUUUCUUUGCCGAGGCAAAAUAUUAAAUGAGAUAGAAGAUGAUUUAUCUUAUAAAAACCUACAAACAUUAUCCAUAAAUAUGGAAUAUACAGGACAGUGAACAAACACAAAGUUAAGAUUGUGGACACCCGUUAUAAAGAUUGUGGACACCAAAUAAACGAGCCACAGUAGUACAGUUACAUUUUUUUUACCACUUCCUUGUGGUUUUAAAGACCACUAAAUGUUAUGGAAAAUGCCGGAAAGCCAAUAGAAGAAAAUGGCUGCUGUGUUGUGAAUUGCUUCAAUAACAUACUGUAUAUUUUUAUUUAUUUUACCUCAAACAUAUAUUUUACAAAAAGAGGAUGCAUAAUUUUGAAAAAAAUGUUUCCAUGUGAUCACAAAAUCAAACUAUUGUACCCCUGAUUCCACAGAUUAAAUAAAACCUUAUUAUAGGCAUUUUAUGUUGUUGAAAUAAUACUAAUUCAUAUGCUGAAAGAGUAAAAGCAACAGAUUAAGUUAAUAUUCCAAAGGUGAAUCAAUCAUUUAUGAAUAGCUUUAACUCUUUCAUCAUAAGAAUGCUACAUACAGUCGAGAAUGCUUUUCAUUCAGAGUCCCAGAGUAUGAAGUAUUCAGACCCACUGUACUGUAAAUAUUGCAUUACUCAUGUGUUGUCCGUGCUUGAAAAACUGUUUUUAUGCACUCAAAUACAUACUUUGCUAUGUGCUGAGAAAUCAGAAGGUACAUUUAUUCAUAAAAAUCUAUACAUUUGCCAAUAAUGAUGCCAUAUGUAUACAUAAUGUUUAGCACUAUUUUAACUGGACUUAACUGGUUUAACUGUUUUUUUUAUGCUGUCAAGUUUACCUUAAGAUACUGUUGCAUUUUCUGAUGAUUGAUUCCCUUUAAUUACUUUAAAAAAAAUAUGAAUUUUAAUUUAAACACCAUUGGCAAAAGUUGUACUUAAUGGAUAUCUGUUCAACUCUUUCUUGCUGGAGUGGAUUGGAUAAUAUUGCUUUGUAAUGCAUCACAGGCUCCUACAGGAAGAAAAGAUUAUAUUAGCAUGGGCUCAAUUAACCACAUUGUAUUUAAUAAUAAAAAAUGAAAAA